UCCUAUGGUGCUGCUUUUCAUGGCAACCAGGCACAAUACUGUUGUUUCGUCCUGGCGAGACCGAAAACAUUUUGCCGGUGCCGUGUCGGAGACCGACUUCAUGGAAACCUGGAUAUCUUAACUUGUUACUCAUUUGUAUUCAUUAAUUCUAGAUAAAUAAUUAUUUGUAAAACUUGUUUUUUCCCGUUAGCUGUCAACUGCAGUGGCACUGUAACGUUAGUUGCCAGCUGUAGCUAACGUUAGCUAACUGAGCGUACGAGGAAAGCAGAGACCGGGUGUGAAUAACACUAACAACAGAGCUGUAAUAACUCCACAGUGUAGAUAAUGAUCAGCAGAAAUGGUGCCUUGCCAGACCCACGUGAUGCUGAAGUGGCAGGAGCAUCUGAACAGCUCCUGGGCGGCGGAGGACAGCCAGACGGCCACGCGCCAGGGGGCUGCAGGACUCUACGCCAAACUGCUACACAAUAAGGAGGUGGUGGGGGUGGCCCAGCCUGUAAUGGACUUGAUUGGCCCACGCCUGCCAGACUUCCAGUAUGAGUCCAGUGCUGCUGAGGAGCGGGAGGAGUACCUGUCGUCGUUACUCCACAGCCAGCGCUGCCUGGCCCACCGUGUGCUGGCCCGGACCCCCUUUGCCCUGGGCCUGCAUCACCGCCUCGUGGUCCUCCAGCGGAUAUACUACGCCCUCCACAGCAAGUACCACGACCGCUUCCGGGCACCUGCUCCCCCUCAGACCAUGACUAGCCAGGACAGCGGGGCCAUGGAGCCUGCCUCAGAUCCCUGGCUGCCUGGAGGAGGGUCCAGAGUUAAAUCAGGGACGGACGUUCUGAUCGAGAUGGGCGUACGGACAGGACUGAGUCUCCUCUUCGCCCUGCUGCAGCAGAACUGGCGGUACGCCCGUGAGGACCCCGGAGUGGCGCUGUGUAACGAUGUGUUGGCUACCGCUUCCUCUGUCCUAGCCUCCCUGCCCCCUCUCUCUCUGGCCAACGAGAACAAGAUCCCAGCGGUGGGGUUGGACUGCCUGGCUCAGGUGGCAGACUUCCUGAAGAAGACGUCUGUGAGCUCUGGGAGUGGAGGGGCAGAUCGGGCGGGACGCAGGCUGGCUCUGGAGCUGCUGCUGGGCCUGGCUGUACAGAGGGGCUCCCUGAGAUUCCUGCUGGAGUGGGUGGAGGUGGCUCUGGCUGCCUCCUCUUCCUCUAUAACUUCCUCCACGGGGUCACAACAGUUACAGUCAGAGGGAGGAGUAGGCUAUGACCUCAUCUAUCAAACACUUCUUCAAAUGAGGCAAUACUCGGGUUUCCGUGGAGACUCUCUCAAUUCUCAGGCCCUGAAGAAGGAUGUAGAUGGACUCUGCAGUCUCUCCCACGUUGCUCUCUGCCUGUUUGAAGAGAUCUGUAACCUGGCGUCCAACUGCUUGUGUUCGUGCAGCGCGGGCUCGGCCACCCCUGGAGGAGUGGAGAACGAUGCCGUCAUGGUGUAUGUGUGGGGCAGCAACAGCUCUCACCAGCUGGCUGAGGGCACCUUGGAGAAGAUCCUACAGCCCAAACUGGCACAGGGCUUCAGCGACGCUCAAAUGAUUGAAGCGGGACAGUACUGCACGUUCUCUGUGUCCGCGGACGGCUCAGUGAAGGCUUGUGGGAAGGGCAGCUAUGGCCGGCUGGGUCUGGGGGACUCCAAUAACCAGUCCAUGCCCAAGAAGCUGGCCCUGGAGCCCCCGAGGAACAUGUGUAAGGUUUCCUCAUCCAAGGGCUCUGAUGGCCACACCCUGGCUGUCACAGGGGAGGGAGAGGUCUUCAGUUGGGGCGACGGAGACUAUGGGAAGUUGGGACAUGGAAACAGUGCCACUCAGAAAUACCCCAAGAUAAUACAAGGACCUCUGCUGGGCAAAGUUGUGGUGUGUGUCUCUGCUGGCUACAGACAUAGUGCUGCUGUAACCAACGAUGGAGAGCUGUACACCUGGGGAGAAGGUGACUUCGGCAGACUGGGCCACAGUGACAGCCACAGUCGUAACGUGCCUACGCUGGUGAAGGAUAUCAGUGGAGUGGGUCAGGUGGCCUGCGGUAGCUCUCACACCAUGGCUGUGGCUCAGGACGGACGCAUGGUGUGGUCUUUCGGAGGGGGAGAUAACGGUAAACUGGGUCACGGGGACACUAACCGUGUGUACCGGCCCAAGGUGAUCGAAGCACUGCAUGGGUUCAUCAUCAGGAAGGUGUGUGCCGGGAGCCAGUCAUCUCUGGCUCUGACCUCUGCUGGACAGGUAUUUGCGUGGGGCUGUGGUUCAUGUUUGGGCUGUGGUUCCUCUGAAACCACAUCUCUGAGACCCAGGUUCAUCGAAGAGCUCAGUGUGACCAAGAUUAUUGAUAUUUCUUGUGGGGACAGCCACUGUCUGGCUCUGUCUCAUGAAAACGAGGUGUAUGCUUGGGGGAACAAUGCCAUGGGGCAGUGUGGCCAGGGACACACCUCUACACCCGUCACCAAGCCGAAAAAAGUGAUUGGUCUAGAAGGAGUGUCAAUCCAGCAGAUCACCGCUGGCACGUCCCACAGCCUGGCCUGGACCGCUGUCCCCACCGACAGGCAGUUGGUGGCAUGGCAUAGACCGUUCUGUGUGGACCUGGAGGAGAGCACCUUUACCUAUCUUCGUAGUUUCCUGGAGAGAUACUGUGAUGGGAUAGGAGGAGAAAUGCCCCCUGCACCCUUCCCCUCCAGGAGGGAGCACCACCAGUUUGUCUUGCUGUGUAUGAAGCUGCUGUCCAUACACCUCUCUCUAGCCCAUGCUGGGGGCACAGGGGCCACAGUACUAGGGGCCCAAGGGAGGCCCCUCCGAAACUUGCUCUUCAGGCUCAUAGACUCCAGUGUACCUGAAUCCAUACAACAGGCGGUGAUGAACACUCUGUCCAUCGGAGCGUCUCUGCUGUUGCCCCCCCUCAGGGAGAGAACUGAACUGCUCCACUCACUGCUACCUCAGGGCCCAGAGAGCUGGGAGAGCCUUUCUAAAGGACAGCGUCUGCAGUUGGACAUGGUUCUGAACAGCCUCCAGGAGCAGUCCCAUGUGGCCUCUCUGCUGGGGUACUCCUCUCCUGGGGAGCUGACUGCUGGGGCUGGCCCCCUGGGGCCACCCCUGACCUCCAGCCCAGACCGGCCCAGCCCCAGCCCAGAGGCCCUCCACGACCAUCUCCACCUGGCUGAGAUGCUGCUCAAGACCCUGUUGCUCAGCAUCGGAUUCUACACGGAGCGGGCGUUUGGUGAGCUGGAGAAGAACAGUGACAAGCAGCAGUCCAGCCGGUCCCAGAGACAGACGGAUCCUCCCUCUCACUUCCACCACCUCUUGUCAGCCCUGCACAAACACCUGCUGGCCCAUUGUUACAGCCAGACCAACACAGAGGAUGACAGCAGUGUGACGUUGCUCCACAAACACCUGUGUCUGCUGCUACCCUACACUGCCGAGACCUUCAGGAGGUCCACCAUCUUACUGGAGGAGAGCUCUCUGGACAAGCACGUCAUCCACAAGCUACACACGGUACUCCUAAGCUCUGUAGCGGGUAGCCUGCUGUGCCAGGUCAUGUAUUCCCUGUUGCUGCUACCCCUGUGGGUGGUACGCCCGCUGCUCACCCACCUGCUCUGUCUGCUGGAGCACCUCAAUGAGUUCAACUGCCUGCUGCCAGACACUGCCCUGCUGGAAGAGAGGGAGCUGGAGGCAGCAUGUUCCGGACAGCUGGAUGACGCUGAAAGGGCAGGUCCUAGCCACGGAGGGGCGGAGGACGACGGAUGGGUGUGGCUUCUGGACCUGGAGAGAUCUGUGGCGCUGGCGAUUGGACGCUGCCUGGGCGGGAUGCUGCAGGGACCGCCCCCCUCUGUCCAAGAGAGGACAUCAGAAUACUGGCUGUGUAACCCUCUCCUCAGGAACGGACUGGAGAUGGACUUUGAACAACUGGACUCCAGCACAGCGUGGCUCACCGAGGCAGUGCUGCUUGGUUGUCCUGAUGCCAAGCUGGCAGACCUGUGUUUGAGCGAGGAGAACAGCAUGUUGAUGGAGCUGGCUCUAGGAUCGUCUAGGGAGCCUGCCGGAGGCCUGUGGAGGAAGAUGAAGGAGUACGCCAUCAGCAGGGACUGGGAUAACAGCGGUCCCUCGGGUGACUCUCUGUUAGAGACGGCGUGUCGCUGCAGCCUGGCUGCUCUCCUCAAACACACAGGGCUACAGGAUGAGGCCUACUGGCAGGACAAGUACGAGCCGUGUGAGAUGCUGAUAGAGAUCUAUGAGAUGGUGUAUAAGAUCAGGAGUGCUCUGCUGGCACACAAAGACUCUCCAGUGACUGCAGCCAACACACAGGCCCUGGAUAACAGUAAACAGAGUCCCAGUGGGCAGGACCGGCAGGAACCGGGUCCCUCUGGUAGGGAGCAGCAGGCGGACCGGGGGAAAGAUCAGGACCCUGAGCUGGGGGGUCACAGUGGAGGUCACGGGACUCACCAGGGAGGGCAGUUCCUCCCCACGACUGCAGAACACAACCAGGAGGAGGGGCCAGAGGAGGACACACCCAGCAUCAGCAGUAUGUACCUGCCGGAGGUUCUCCAGUGCUUCCUGGCCACGCGGGAGGCCAUGCAGCUACAGCAGAACGAGACUGUCUACGAGUCUUCCGGGACCUCCACCCUCCCCAGCAGCACAGAGAGCCCCGGUACCCCAGAAAGAGAGCCCCCUAACACGCAGGGCUGGGAGUGGCGGAGGGGGUCUGAAGAGGGCAUGUCAUUCCCUGUAGCCUGUCACCUGGUUGUGUCCCGCUGUGUGUUUCUCCUCUUGGGGGUCCGGCCCGCGUGGCAGGAACAGAGUGAAGAGACAGGGCAGGCGGAGAGCACUGGAGCCAGGAAAUCAACUUCAUCUACAGAUUCCCUACUCAGCCCAAAGGCCGAACAGAGCAGAUUCACCUUGGGCAGUAGAAAACCAUCUGCAGGCCAGUCCAGAAACUCCAAGAAUAGAAUGGGUCUACCACUGUGUUCCCUGGGCAUCAUGAAGGAUGCGUGGGAGCGGCUACGCCAGUGCAUCAGCCCCACCACCAGCUCCAUGUGCCAGGGCGGGGCGGGCAGCUCGUCCAGCGUGCUCAGCCAGGUCUUCCACUUCCUGUGUGGGAGCCUGCUCCGUCCGACCCCACCCUCCUCGUUACUGGAGAGAGAGGCAGGCAGCCAGGCAGACCCCAAGGCCAUCACGUUGGCCAUGUACCAACAACAGCAGAGGGCAGAGGUCCGUCUAGAGGCGUUGUGCCAGAUCUCUUCCUUCCUGUCUGAGAUGGAGGAGAAGAGUAGUGGUUCAGGCUCCUCUCCCCCCUUGCGGUUCCCUGGCUUGUUACAAUCUGUUCAACUGCAGUUCCUGUCUGGCUGCUUCGGACUGGGGACACCUAUCACAGGCUGCCAGUCUGGAGACAACGACCAGAUGUACCACUACACUUCUGGGACCCAGUCGGCGUCUAUGUUUACCCAGAGAGAGCUGCAGUCUGCUGCCCACACCCUCUACCAGCAGGUGGUCCGUGUCCUGAGACAGAAGGUCCUCACGGAGAGGGAACAGACAGGCUCCUACCAGCCUCUGCUGUUGGCCACAGUGUUUGCCUUGAAUUUCCACUACCAGCCAGUAGAUCUGGUGGUGGUCUGUAAGUCUGGCAUCCUGGAGAUCCUGUCGUUGCUGACAGACAACACGUGUGUUCUGAUGAACCAGCGCUGGCUGGUAGCCUCUGUGUCAGGAAGCAUGCUGCUGAAUGGGGCCGUAAAACUGGCCUGUGCCCGGCUACUGCAGAUACUGGCCAUCGCUGCUAGUUCGUGUGAGGACUCCCUGCCUCUGGACGUGUCUCAGGCCCUGCUGGAUGUGAUGUGUGAGCAGCUCCAGAGUCUGUUACACAUGGUCCACCAGCAGGAGGCGCUGGAGAACACGGCAACAGAGGAAGCAGACCAGGACACCUCCACCAAGAGGAUCCGGAUAGAGGGGAUGGAGAUGGUGCGGAGCAGUAGGGUCAUUGAGUCUCAGCUCGCUGACUUCUUGGUAUUCCUGAGGCGUAUCCUGUCGCUAAGGGUGACCAAGAGAGUCUCUGCCUUCAUCAAGUGGAUCGAUCCACUCAUGACCAUCAUCUCACACAAGUGCUCUUCUGGUUCUCCACGAUUCCGGAACUUGAGAACCAAACUGUUAGCCUUCCACAUUCUGGAAGGUCUGUUACCGGCCUGUUCUGAUACAGCACAGAUUGAACAGAUAGUUGAUCAGCUGUUUGGGCUUCUCUCAGUGUGUAUGUGGGAGGAGCCUUUAGCUGUGAAGAAGAACCAAGAGAAAACAGCAGAGAGCUCCAACAGGGACCCAGGAAGUGAAGAUGAGUCUAUUCCUAUUGGAGACUUCUCCUUUGACCCCUACAAGCUGAUCUGCUGCUCGUUGGAGAGCGGCAACGUCCUGUCUCAUGGCUCAGGAGGGAAGGGGUACGGCCUCGCCACCACAGCCAUCAACUCUGGCUGCUUCAUAUGGAAGUUCAACAUCACCAAGGAGAACAAAGGGAACGAGGGCACUUGUAUCGGAGUGUCUCGCUGGCCCAUCCGGGAUUACAACCACCGCACCACCACAGACAUGUGGCUGUACCGGGCCUACAGCGGUAGUCUGUACCACGGAGGGGAGCUGGGCCGGGCCCUGCCAUCUUUCACAGGAGACACCAUCACCUGCAUCCUGGACAUGGAGGCUAGAACCAUCUCUUUUGCCAAGAACAACAAGGAGCCUAAGUUGGCUUUUGAAGGUGUGGAGGCCACGGAGUUGUACCCUUGUGUGUUAUUCUACAGCAGCAACCCUGGAGAGAAGGUGGCACUGUGUGACCUCCAGAUGAGAGGCAUGCCCAGUGACCUGCUGCCUGGCGAACCACUGUGUUCCCCCCGCACCACAGUACUGCUGGAGGCCACGGUGCAGCUCCUCCGCAGGCUGCACCAGUGUGACGGCUACUGGACACAACACAUCAACCAGCACAUGCAGAGCCGGCUGGAGCUCAUAGGACCGCUCAUGAAGGAGGGAGGCCUGGGGACCGUCAAACAUGCAGGCCCAAGACCUAAAGGAAUUGAUGAAAGGGAGAAGAACAAGGAGCAGGUCAGGACUUGUGUUGGAGAGGAUACUGGAGAACCAGGAGACUUGGUGACGGGACCCUCAGGCCUCUCUGAGACCCAGCUGGGUGCUUUGUGCUCUGAGGUGUGGCCGGUGCUGGCCUUGAUCGGAGGAGUGGACAGUGGGCUCCGGGCAGGGGGGCUCUGCCUGCACAAACCCAGUGGGAGAAGGGCUACCCUGCUGGGGGUACUGAAGGAAGGAAGCCCCCUAGCCAAGCUUCAAUGGGAGGAGGCUGACCUCUCUGUCAGCUUCCUGAAUUCUUGGUCACCCAGCGACACCCCGCUCUCCUCCUUGGAGCCCUGUGACGUGCCCCAGUGUGACGUCAGCAGAUUCCGAGGCCUCAAACCCUCUGUCCUCUUAGACCUGAUCUUCCUGACCGGCCUCCUGGAGGAGCAGGAGGAGGCCCGGGGACGAGGAGGAGGCGCAGGGAGAACCAGGAAGAGCUGCUCCUCCGAGCAGGAAGAGGAGGGAUGGAGCAUCCCUCGGAGCGUGCUGGAACGCAGGCUAGAUGAAGACAUCGCCCGGGUCAUGAUGGACGAUGAUGACAUUGAAAGAGACACUGGGCUAACAGAGGAGAGGGAAGGAGAGAGGGAGAGGAACAGUCACCCGUCCCCAACUAGAGCGCUCUCAGAGUCCUGUGACGAUCCAGAGGAGGGUAGUACCUCGUCCUCCUGCCCCCCAACUCCAACCCCAACCCUACCUCCCCCUUCCCCCCAUCAGACCAAGCCCCAGCCAGAUGUCUUCUCCCUGGAGCUCCGGGCUGUAAGGGUUUCCUACCUCCUGCUGGGAGCCUUAAAGUCCCUGGCUGUCAUCCUCAGCUGUGGGAAGUUUACUGACCUGCUGCUGGUGCCAAAGCAUCAAGACCCCUCUACUGCUGCCAUCCUGACCAGUAGCAGCCCUGACCAGGCUAAGCCAGGGGACUCUGGUUUGAGCCCUGUCCCAGCCGGAGAAGACAGCAACGCUGCUGAAAUGAGGUCUGUGCUACAGUUUAUGGUGCGGAGCAUGGUGAAGUGGGCUGUGCGACCCUGCCCUAUCAAACAGAGUGUGUCCCUGUCAGACCUGGAGAGAGCUCAGGUCCUAAUCUUCAAAGGAACUCUCAACAGACUGCAGGAGGACAAAGGAACCAAAGACCGGAAGGAACCUGGUCACCACUCCUCGUCCCAGCCACUGUCAAAGACUUCCAGCUCUGUGUCUCUCUACAGCACGGGGUCAGAGGGCACCGCCAUCUUCGGUCAAUCAAACGGAGCCUCUGCCUCGUCAUCCACCAAUGACCUGGCUGCUUCUCUGCUCUCUGCGCUGCAGGCCGAUGGCCUGGAGAACUUUAACCCCUUCCUCCCCAUCAACCUCCUGCAAUCCAUAGCAGUCGGCAGCUCGUCUGAGACACAGAAGAGUGGUGGCUAUGAAGAGAAUCGGAAGCCUCUAAUUGUCACUGUACUCCAUUCUGUGGGCUCCCUCUGUCCAGGAACUUGUAGUCCACACAACCAGUGGUGCCUCUGUAUCCCAGCUGUCUUUGUGCUAAAUGCAGCCCACUACCACUGUGUUGUUGGCUUGGCUUCCUCUAGGCGGAUGGUGUUAGCACGGUUCCCUACCCUGGCUGGCCUGGUUAAUAACCCCCCCAUGUUGCACGGUCCUGGCCCAGGCUUCGGCCUGGCCACCUCGUCUUCCUGUGAGGGCUUCACAGAGCAGCAGACCAGCUUCAUGGAGCCCUGCGCUAAUUCUCAGGCCAGGAACCGUGGCGCGGAACGGCCUCAAAUGUUUGUCCCAGUCCGCUUACUAGAAAUGGGCUUCUCUAUGAGACAUAUCUACAAGGCCAUGGAGGCAGCAGGUGUGGCAGGUGAAGUAGACUCGCGGACCAUCGAGGUGCUGGCUAGCUGGAUGUUGGAGCACCCCCUGACUGAGGAGCUGCAGAUGGAGAGCCAGCCAGCAGGAGCCUCCACCACUGAAACCCCCUCCCCUGACGGACCGGAGACCGUACAGUGCCCCGAGGCCCCCACCAGCGAACCCAACGAAAGUCUGCUGGCGGGCCUGGACCUGGUGGAGAGGGAGAACUUCCUAGAUGUCCACCUGACCAGGAACAGGCCUCCCCCGGCCAGACGCCAGCGCUCCAGUUUGGGGCACAGAACAUCCUUUAGGAGAGCAGACUCUCCGUCCCCCAACCCCAUCCCACCGCUGUACAGGCAGGACCCAGGGGUGUCUGAGUGGCCGGAGAGGGCGGAGACGCACCCGUUUGCUGCUGAGGAGGAGUCAGAGUUGGGGUACAUGGAUGACCCCUACCAUGAAGAGCCCUAUGAGGAGCUACAGUUUAGAGAGUUCAUCAGCUCGGAGAGAGACACCCUCUGGAUGGUCGAGGGGGGUGAGGAGCAUCAGCCCCAUGACAUGGUACAGUGUGAGCUGUGUAACACCCUGACUCUGCAGUUCAACAACCACAUGAAGAGGCAUCACCCGGGCUGUGGCCAGAGCGCUGGGCGGCGAGGGUACCGCUCUACCGGGGCAUACGUGGACGGGUGGUUCGGAGGGGAGUGUGGGUCCGGUAGCCCUUACUACCUGCUCUGUAGCACCUGUAGAGAGAAGUACCUGGCAGCUAACCUAGGGGAGAUUGGAUCCAAACAUGACCGAAUGAAAGGGCUUGCUUCUGAUUUAAUUGGACGAUUGGACAGCACCUCCGAUGAAGACUGGGAGCUGGGCCCUCUAGACGACUCUGACCCAGACCGGCUGACUGGGCUGGAGGACUUUGGGGUGUUGCUGAGGCCUCUGGGUCUGAGUGAGAAGAAGCUGGUGCCAGACCCCAUCCCCUUCACAGAAAAUGACCCGCUGGGUGCGCUGGUCAACAGCACCAGUAACCCUGACGGGUCAAUUAUCCAGAAAGGUGUGGUCAGCACUGACACUAAGGGGUUAGGUUCCUCCGGCCCUCUGACUCUGGGGGAGCAGGCUGUAUCGCUGAGAGACCCUCAGGACAGACUGCAGGCUCUAAGGAGAGUCACCUCUACGGCCCAGAUACUACUGGCAUACAGCAUGGUGAUGAGAGCACUCUCCCAAACAUCCUCUAGUGUGUCAGUGUGCAGUGCCUCUAGUGGUCUGGAGGGCUUGGGCCUGGCAGACAUCCGUAUCCUGGUGCGUCUGAUGUGCCUUGCGGCGGCAGGCCGGGUCCAUACCAGUGUCGACCAGCAAGGGGUAGCAGGGGGUGGCAGAGGCUGUGGUGGGGCUACAGAGAGCAGCAGCUCUGCCUUCCUCUCCUUCCUUAGCUCAGCUAUAGGCAGCCUGGUCUCACACAGCCCCACAGCAUACAGGGAGCUGGUGGACAUCUGCACUCAGGAUCUGAUGACGGCUGCCACAGGGAUGAACCUGGGUGCCAUCAGUGAUCCUGCACAGAGAGUUCGUCUGACCUCCACCCUGAAGAGGGCGCCACAACAAGAUGCCACACCCCUCACACCUCCCACCUUCCUGGUCACACAGAGUCUGGUCUCCCUGCUCACAGAGAAGGGCAUCCGCUACCGCUAUUCUCCAGACAGAACCGUUACCGAGCAGCACGAGUCUAAAGGUCCAGAGGCUGGUAGCCCGUCUGCUGCAGUACCUCCUCCCCAGGUGGGGGCGAGAGUGGGCCCUCUGGAGCUGGCCAACGCCCUGGCUGCCUGUGCCCUGUCUGCCAGGCUGACCAGUAAACAUCGUCAGUGGGCAGCCCAGCAGCUGGUCCAGGCCCUGGCAGCCUCAGAGAGGGAGAGGGACAACCCCAUCCGGCCUCAGACCUACAGCGACAUGGCUGGAGACCUGAGGAAGUGUCCUCUGAAGAAGCUAGAGGGACAUCACGGCAGGGUGACUAGCUGUACUUGGAACAAUGAGCAGGGUCUGUUGGCCACUGGAGCUCAGGACGGGACAGUCAGAUUAUGGGACGUCAACCAGAACACUGCUGACCUGCAGUGCACACACUCCUGUAGCAUCAGUGAUGACAGACGGGGCUCUGAGGCAGCAGGUGGAGCUCACCUGGUGUCUCCUGUCUACUGGAGCUCUGGAGGUACCCUCCUCGCUGCCUUCCAAAACAAGAUCAUCAACAUCUGGACUGUCAACGGAGCCCAGGGCCAUGUGGAGGCCCAGCCGUCCUGGGUGACAGCCCUCUCCUGGGUGCAGACCUCCAGCCCCUUCUCCACCCAGGGGGGGCAUCGCCGGGAAGGAUGCCCAGCCAGAGAGCCUGUUGGUGGGGCGUCUGGACGGAUCACUCUGCUGGUUGCAGAGCUCACCCGCUGCCACAGGAAAGAAUCUCCUCAGUGUGUGGCGUGGCACAGUGUGGACAAGCCCUUUGCUGUGGGUUACCCUGAUGGGAAGAUCCUACUGGCUACCGCUGAAUCCUACGAGACUGAACAGCCCCUACUACUGUCUGCCUUCCCUGAGAGUGUCAGCAUCCUGCGCUGGGACCCCACGGGCCACCUCCUCCUCUCCACGGGCCGCUCUGAGGUGGUGAAGAUCUGGGGGCGGGCGGGAGGCACCUGGAUCACCCUUCACUCCCUGUUCCACACAGGCACCGUCAACACGGCCGAGUGGUGCCCGCUGCCUGGCAGAGGUCCCGAACCACGCCUUAUGAUGGCUGUAGGGAGCCAGAAUGGUCUUCUGAAUGUGUGGACUCUGCCACAGGGGGGCACUAAUGUGUCAGUUCCUAAGUUCCUGGGCAGCUCAUCCAGUCAGGAGAACAACAGUGGCAUCAAGCGUGGCAGUGCCAAGUGUGUGUUCAGACUGAGUGGUCAUAUCACAGCGGUGAAGACCCUGUCGUUCUGCCCCAGUGGUCUGGCCCUGGUGUCUGGAGGUAUAGGAGGACUACUCAACAUCUGGUCUCUACAGGAUGGUUCCAUCCUACAGACAGUGGUGACAGGCCUAGGCUCAGUGGUCAGUACCACCUGGAUACCAAAUGUAGGGGUGGCUGCCUGCUCCGGGAGGUCGAAGGAUGCUCUGCUGAUCCGCUGUACGUCAGACUGGAUCUCCCAGAACCACGUGUUGGCAUCCUGCCGCACCGUCCUCAGAACACAGGGCAUUCUGGGUCUGAACCGUGCACCCUGCAUGGCCGUCUUCCUGGAGAGACUUCCCACACUGCUGCAGGACCAGUACAGCUACGAGAGGAGUCACGUGACAGCGGGUGACCAGUUGGUCCACAGUGCCUUCCUCCAGAGUCUGGCCUCUCUGACCGUCGGCCUUUCCCUGGAACAGUACCUGUGUCGGCCCUGCCGACCCCCCCACCACCACCCUGCCAGCCUCAGCCUCGACUACACACACUCCUGCCCCAUGGAGUGGAGCUGGCUCCAAACCUUCUCCACCACUGUGAAGAGCGCGGAGGCCAUCGCCAGGGGAACAGCGUUCCCAGAAUCCUUCACUGUCCCAGAGUUCCAGCAGGCAGGAACCACAGAACUCACCAAGCCCCUGGACAAUAGUAAGUGGAGCUUCAUGAUGGACGAACAACUCAUGUCCUGGGCCACCACCAGACCUGAGGACUGGCAGCAGGGAGGGAAGAGUCAGGUGUUUCUGUGGGGCAACGGGCGUCACGGACAGCUGGCAGACGCAGGGACCAACCUGAUGGUGCCUACCAUCGCCCCGUCUCUGUCCCAGACACAUCAGGUUGUGUGUGGGCAGAACUGUACAUUCCUGGUACAGGCUAACGGUACGGUGCUGGCUGUAGGAGAGGGUAGCUAUGGGAGACUGGGCCAGGGCAAUUCUGAUGACCUAUAUACCCCCACAGUCAUCUCAGCCUUGCAAGGCUACGUGGUGACCCAGCUGGUGACCUCUUGCGGUUCUGACGGCCACUCCCUGGCCCUGACGGAGACGGGGGAGGUGUUCAGCUGGGGUGAUGGGGACUAUGGGAAGCUGGGACAUGGGAACAGUGAGAGACAGAGACGACCCAAACAGGUGGAGGCUCUGCAGGGAGAGGAGGUGGUGCAGUUGGCGUGUGGGUUCAAACACUCAGCCGUGAUUACAACAGACGGGAAGCUGUUGACCUUCGGUAGUGGAGACUCUGGUCGUCUGGGUCAAAGAUCAACGUCCAACAAGAUGCUGCCAGAGAGAGUCACGGCACUGGAGGGAUAUCACAUUGGACAGGUAUCCUGUGGUAUCAACCACACCCUGGUGCUGUCCUCCGAUGGGAUGAGUGUCUGGUCCUUUGGUGACGGAGACUAUGGGAAGCUGGGGACCGGUCCCUGCACUGUGAAGUCUUAUCCUCAGAAAGUGGAGCAACUGUGUAACAAGGGAAUCAAGAAGGUUGGCUGCGGGACCCAGUUUUCUGUUGUCCUGGCCAAAGAUGGGCAUGUUUACACCUUUGGACAAGAGCGGUUGAUCGGCCUGCCAGACUCUCUGUUGAAGAACCACAACCGUCCCCAGGUGGUGCCAGCCCUGGAGGGGGUGUUUGUAGAGGACAUAGCUGUGGGCUGUGAGCAUGUCCUGGUUUUGUCUUCUACCGGAGACGUCUAUGCCUGGGGCUGUAACUGUGAGGGACAGCUUGGCCUUGGUCACUCAAGCCCAGUGAAGGAGCCCACCCUGGUGACAGGCCUACAGGGGAACAACGUCAGACAGAUCUCUGCUGGUCGCUGCCACAGCUCAGCCUGGACCACACCCUCCCCCUCUGUCAAAACCUCAGGUGCCUCAGCCAACCUGCAGCUGGGUCUGCCCCAGUCUAUCCCUCCCCAGUAUAACGCUCUGAAAGACUGCAGCCCUGACGUCCUCAACACCCGCCUCCGGGUGCUCUACCACUUCUCUGACCUCAUGUACAAGUCCUGGAGGCUGCUCAACCUCCACCCCAGGAACCAGGUGUCUUCAUCUCGCUACAGCUCAGGGACAGCAGCCAUCGUCCAGGGCCAGCUGAGAGGCCUCCUGUCCCCCAAGGUCAACACUCUACCCCUGGUCAGAUCAAUAGGGAGGACCAUGACCCAGGGCAAGACCUACGGACCCCAGAUCACUGUCAAGAGGAUCUCAACCAGGGGGCGAUCCAGCAAGCCCAUCUUUGUGCAGAUCGCCAAGCAGGUGGUCUCUCUGAACCCCCUGGAGCUGAGGCUGCCCUCCAGGGCCUGGAAGGUCAAGCUGGUGGGGGAGGGGGCUGACGACGCAGGGGGGGUGUUUGAUGAUACUAUCACGGAGAUGUGUCAGGAGUUGCAGUCUGGUGUGGUUGAUCUGCUCAUUCACACCCCCAACAGCUCUACUGACGUGGGAAGUAACACCGACAGGUUCCUGCUGAACCCAGCGGCAGUCUCUGAAGACCACAUGGUCCAGUUCCGUUUCCUAGGCAUCCUGAUGGCGGUGGCCAUCCGUACCAAGAAGCCCCUGGACCUGCACCUGGCCCCCUGGGUUUGGAAGCAGCUGUGUUGUAUUCCCCUGGGUGGGCCGGACCUGGAGGAGGUGGACCUGCUUACCUACCGCUCCCUGCACGGCAUCCGGCACCUGGACAACAGCGGCAUCACAGAGGACAACUUCCACGUGAUGAUUCCUCUGGACUCGUUCAUGGCCCACAGUGCAGAUGGGAAGCUGGUGCCGGUGGUCCCUGGGGGACACAACAUCUCUCUCACCUUCUCCAACAAGAGUGACUACGUAGAGAGGACUCUGGACUACCGUCUGCACGAGAUGGACAGACAGGUAGCAGCGGUGAGAGAGGGGAUGUCCUCCAUCAUCCCGGUGCCUCUCCUCUCUCUUCUCACGGCGCGCCAGCUAGAACAGCUGGUCUGCGGUCUGCCCGAGGUCUCCGUGGAGAUGCUCAAGAAAGUAGUCCGAUACCGCGACAUCACAGACAGUCACCAGCUGAUUGGCUGGCUGUGGCAGAGUCUGGAGGAGUUUGCCAAUGAGGAGCGGGUUCUAUUCCUGCGCUUCGUGUCCGGAAGGUCCAGACUGCCCUCCAACCCCGCUGACAUCACUCAGAAGUUCCAGAUCAUCAAGGUUGACAGGCCUGUGAACGGACUCCCCACAGCCCAGACGUGUUUCUUCCAGCUGCGUCUGCCUCCCUACACCAGCCAGGCCAUCCUGGCCGAGAGGCUGCGUUACUCCAUCCACAACUGUCCCUCCAUCGACAUGGACAACUACAUGCUGUCUCGAAACACUGAUCCGGCCGACGGAUCCGACACAGAGUAUUGAUGAUACUGGUAGUAAUAAUACUGGUGAUGUUGAUAGUAAUGAUACUGAGUACUGAUGAGACCCCCUGCUCAAUAACAACAAUAACAACAACAUGGCUCAACAUUACUUGAAAGCUCAAAGUGUUUGUCAUGUCGUUUCUUCUUCCUCCUCGUAUCUUUAUUGGAACUUUUCUUUGGUACAAUAGUCAGUACUAGUCUCUGGCUCCGGGCUCUAUGUGGCUGAAUGAAUGACUGGCUGAGUGAAUGACUGGCUGAGUGAAUGACUGGCUGAGUGAGGUGAUCACUCUUAUCGCUCGCUCUGAGAGAAACAUUUUUAGUUUUUAAGCCUUUUGUUUUGAAUUCACAGUUUCUGCAUGGUAUAGAAUAUUUGUUAACGAAGAACAACUUAGUUUAAAGAGAGUGCAUAAUCUACUGAGACAUUGAUGUAGGAUAAACCUUGUUGCAUUAAGUGGCUGAAUAACCUUUAUGCUACAGGAAGUAUGAGUAAUAUGACUGUUGUAGGCAGAAAGAAAAAGUCUGUGAAUAAUAAUUAAUAAUAGUUCAAAGUCGGGCAGACCUAAAGGCCAUCUUUCAUUCAGACGAUGAUACCACAGCUUCCUGGCUUGAGUGAGUUACAUGCACACAUAUGGUGUUAGCUAGCUAGCUUUAUUUGGUUUGAGCUGUUGUGCUCUAAACCGCCAGUGGACUGCUGUCUGGCUGGCUGGCUGUCUGGCUUGCUGGGAAAUGUUACUCUAGUGGUGGGUAGGCUAGCUGUUAGGGCUCUGUUCAGAUGUCUAUACUAGCACACCAUUUACAAUGAAGCAAUGUAUUGGGCCUGCAUUCUGACUGGAUAUUGAAAUGUAGCCUACAUUAAGAUGUAUAGCUAAUACUCUAUUUGACCAGAGUAUUUUUAAGUAAUGUUACUGUCACAGCUGUGUCUGAGAGAGAGAGAGAGAGAGAGAGAGAGAGAGAGAGAGAGAGAGAGAGAGAACAGAGACGGUGAUAAAAUUAUGAUUUUACUCGAGCCCUGAAUGCUGAUUGGCUGACAGCUGUGGUAUAUCAGACAGUAUACCACGGGUAUGACAAAACAUUUAUUUUCCCUGCUCUGAUUACGUUGGUAACCAGUUUAUAAGAGCAAUAAGGAACCU